UGCCUCGGGACACGGCGCGUGGGCGGCGUCGAGGUGCCUGUGGCGUCUCAAGCCAUCGCCGCCACCACCCCACCAACCCCCACCAAGCCUGGAGCUCCCGCGCUUCGCCACGCCCGCUACACCCACAAUGCCAUCUGCGCCGCCAGCUCUCAUAAAGACGCGUUUCCUCGUCAUCUCCGACACCCACGCUGCCUCGCCCUCGGAGAAUGCCGCCAGGAACGACACUCCCUUCCGCCCGCCGCUCCCCAGAGCCGACGUCCUGCUCCAUUGCGGAGACAUGACCAUGGUGGGCCUGCUGGAAGAGUACCAAAAGACGCUGGACAUGCUCGAGGGCAUUGAUGCCGGCCUGAAGCUCGUGAUUGCCGGCAACCACGACAUCUCGCUGGAUGCCGAGUAUUACAGCAGAAAAGGCCAGAGGAUGCACGGCAUCAAACACGUCGACAGUUGCCCGGCGCGGGCACGAGAAAUGUGGACGGGCGAGCGAGCAAAAAAGGCCCGUGUGACGUAUCUGGACGAGGGCACGCAUACCUUCACGCUGGACAACGGAGCCAAUCUACGGGUCUACGCGUCGCCCUACCAGCCAGAGUUCUGCGACUGGGCCUUCCCCUACUACCGAGAUGAAGACCGCUACAACGCAUCCCACCAGUGCACUCCCUAUGCCAAGCCCAUCGCCCAGAACCCCGUCCCAGACUUCCCCAGCAUCGAUGUCAUGAUGACACACGGCCCGCCAAUGGGCGUCUUGGACCAGACAAACAGAGGCGAGAGCGUCGGUUGCCAGCAUCUACUCCGCGCCGCUCGCCGCUGCAGGCCGCGAAUGCAUUGCUUUGGCCAUAUCCACGAGGCGUGGGGGGCGCAAAAGGUGCUCUGGAAUGACGGUGAACUAGACGUCCACGACCCCAAACAGCAUAUCAGAAAGGCCGAGCCGAUAAAAGUCGAUAAUGGUAGCGCCAGGAACCAGAGGGCAGUAACGGUCGAUAUUAGUCAGGGAACCCACUCGGCAGUCACUUUCGGCAAGGAAACGUUGAUGGUCAAUGCCAGCAUCAUGACUCUCCAGUAUGCUCCUUGGAACGGCCCGUGGCUUGUGGAUCUGGACCUCGAGCCAGCAAAGUAAGCUCGUUGGUUGAUUUUUCUAAGACAUGGCUGUACUGGAUGAGUAUACUUUAGUGCACACUUGGUGUAAUUGGGAAAUGUUUCUGAGUAAUUCCGAUAAGCUGACGCAGCGCAUUCGCAUGUACUCUCUUUCUCUCUCUCACACACACACACACACACACACUCAUACCAUACUCUUAGACGGAAUUUCCCGUAUCCCAUAUCCUCCGGGCCAAGUGGCGACCCAAGAUAACGGAGCGGAUCAACGGCUGCACGUGCCGUCGGUACAUGCCGUCUGACAUGGGGAUUACUAUUUUUUCUUCUCUCUUUUUUUUUCUAUCUGCCACUGACAAAAACAAUACCUGCCCGGACAUACUGCAUCUGGUACUAUCCGUAUUAUCAUAUCAGACCCUUGACCC